AUGCUAAGGGAUGAAAGCGUCGAGGCCAUCAAGAUAACAAGAGUAUAUGAGCCUUCGAUCAUUCCACAACAAUCCUUCGCUACCCAUUGUGAAGACGAUGUAGGGGAGGAUAUCGUCGAUGACGAUGUAAGGAAGGAUAUCCACGAUAAUUUCGUCGAAUACGAUAUCUUAUCGAGAGCAAAUGAAGACGAAGACUUCAGCAACGAAGAGGACUGGAGAACCGAAAUCCACUUGUUCCUUGAAGAAGGAACGCUGCAUGCAGACCUGAAGCAAGCUCGAAAGAUACAAUCAAAGGCAGAAAGAUACGAUCUUCGUGACGAAAUUCUUUAUAAGAAGUCUUUCCUCGGUCCAUUGUUUCUCUAUUUAUCCAGGGAAGAAGGCCAUCGUAUCCUGAAGGACAUCCACUAUGGGGACGCAUGCAACCACAGUGGAAUGAGAUCACUAACCGACAAAGCUAAGAUGCAAGGGUAUUACUGGCCACAGGUGAUAUGA